CUAAAACCCCCACCAAAUUAAACCAGCAACUGAAACCAGGAUGAGUAAAUAUAACGCCCUUAAUCUUCUUUUUUUUUCAAAGUUUUUAAAUAGAUCAGUUUAGCGAGAUUGUAUUACACUGUUCUGCUAACAAAGGAGAAUAAACGAGCUAAAGACUGACAAGUGAGAAUGGCAUUUGGCAGCAUUGGAUGGAGACAAAUGAAGAACAUAUGACUGUCCCUGAGUGGGCUGGUCUUCCUGCUAACCCAAUAUAUCUUGAGUCAAGUUAGAGGUGAAGCUUCUUGUCACUUCCCCAGGUCUUAAAGACACGUCGAGCCACAGACGUCCAGAUGUAAGAUGAAGGAAGAGCAUUGAACAUCUCUUUAAACGCACAUUGAGAUAAAACCGCUCACCAUGGAACCAAACGGAUCGGUGGAGUCGUCCAAGGAGAACCCAGCACCUCGCCGGAGCCUCAGCUCCAGUCCGGGUCUGCAGUAUGGCGCUCUUGUUAACAGCGUUACUUCACUCACAACACCUGAGUCCCAGAUUCCAACCAUUUCAAACAGACGGGCCUAUGUGGCCAUGGCAGUUCUUUGCUACAUCAACCUGCUUAACUACAUGGAGCGCUACACAAUAGCAGGUGUUCUAUUGAACAUUCAAACGUUCUUUAACAUAAGUGACAGCACAGCAGCACUUCUGCAAACAGUUUUUAUCUGCAGUUUCUUACUUCUGGCACCUCUCUUCGGUUACCUUGGUGAUCGCUACAACCGCAAAUACAUCAUGAUUGGAGGUUUGUGUGUGUGGCUCCUGACUGCAGCUGCCAGCUCUUUCGUCACUGAGUCGUACUUCUGGCUCCUGGCUCUGCUGAGGGCUUUAGUAGGCAUUGGCGAGGCCAGCUACUCCACUAUUGCUCCCACAAUCAUAGGAGACCUCUUUACUGGGGGUAAGCGGAGCAUCAUGAUCUGUAUCUUCUACAUCUUCAUCCCUGUUGGAAGUGGUCUUGGAUACAUUGUCGGGGCGGGGAGUGCUUCUCUCACGGGGGAUUGGCACUGGGCUCUCAGGAUCACUCCCAUCAUGGGUGUGGUAGGGCUCAUCCUGAUGAUCUUCUUGUGUCCCAACCCAGCCAGAGGGGCUGCAGAGACCAACGGGGAAGGAGUGGUAGCAGAGAGCUCCUACCUGGAAGACGUAAAGUAUCUUCUAAAAAAUAAAAGCUAUGUGUGGUCAUCGCUGGGAGUGACAGCUCUGGCCUUCCUCACCGGAGCCCUGGCUUUCUGGGUGCCCACCUUCCUGUCCAGGGCUCACGUCACUCAGGGACUCCGCCCACCUUGCACUGAUGAGCCCUGCGACUCCACAGACAGUUUCAUCUUUGGGGGUGUAACCGUGGCGACGGGCAUUCUCGGGGGUGCUCUGGGCACCACCAUGUCCAGGACGUUCAGGGAUAAGGUGCCAUAUGCCGACCCACUCAUCUGUGGAGUGGGCAUGCUGGGAUCAGUACCAUGCAUCUUCAUCAUAAUCUUUGUGGCGGCCUCAAGCAUUCCAGCUACUUAUGUUUUUAUUUUUUUCGGGGAACUUCUGCUUUCUCUGAACUGGGCUGUCAUGGCUGAUAUCCUGCUGUAUGUUGUCAUACCAACCAGAAGAGCUACAGCUGAAGCGCUGCAGAUUUCUUUUGCUCAUCUCCUGGGAGAUGCCGGGAGUCCUUACCUGAUAGGAGUGAUCUCUGAUGCUAUACGCUCCUCUAAACCUGGCGAUCUGAACUGGAGCUUCCACAGCCUGAAGUUCAGCCUCCUGCUCUGCCCUUUUGUUGGGAUCCUGGGUGGAGCUUUUUUCCUCUUUACCACCAAAUACAUCACAGAAGACAGUAAAGCAGUCCUGCGUUUGAUUGAAGAAGAGCAGCAGCAGCAUCACCCUCCACCUCAACCCUCCAUAGAGCUGAGCCACAAGAUCACACCCUGAACAAAGCAGCCGUUCAAUCCAAACACAUUCACUUCUGAAUACCUGAGAAGGACAUAGAGUGUGUGAGCACUCUUUUUUAAUUCCCUUUUAAGGACACUUACUUUUAAAAAAGAAUAUUCCAUCCAAUCAGAUGCUCCUAUUGUGUACCUGUACUGUCUUUCAAACACCACACAGUACUGUUUUGCCAUCAAACAGCUUUGUACCAGUUCAUCAAUGCCUGAGAAUACUGUACAGUUCAGCAGAUUGUAAUAUGACUUCCCAUCUAAAUGGUCAUGUAAAAAACACUUACUUAAAAAGGAAAUGUGAUUAUAUUUUUUUGUAAAUGCCGUUUUUUAAAUUAUUUUUGACUUUCCAAAUAAAUUUCUUCAUUCCUCA